AUGUUUGUUGGUGAUGAUGAUUAUUAUUUUGAUGAUGAUGAGCAUGAAGAUCAUGGUGAUGAUGAUGAUCUUGAUGAUGAUAAUGAUGAUGCUGAUACCAUAUCAUCAGCAGCAAAAGCAAUUGAUGAUGAUGAAAAUGAUGAUGUUGGUAAUGGUUAUGUGGAUGCUGAUGGUGCUAUAGAAAUGGUGGAGGUGAUGGCGGCGAUAACGAUGCUAUCCAUAGCACUGUUUUCAUACGAUGCUAUCAAAAUAAAAGCUACAGUUUUGAUGUAA